CUCCAAUUGACAUGAUCAAUGGCUUCCACAUGCAUAUCGAACUGUGUAGACGCCCGAGCUCCCGUGAGGGCCACCUACGUAAAUCUCUACAAGUGGCCGGAAUCCGACUUGGCAUUCGUCCGAUCGUUGAGCUUGAAUGAACGGAGCAACGCCGCCGGAAACGGAACGGCGUCCCAUCACGGCCGGCAACAGCCGAAGGUGGUGGACAGCAUCUCGUGCCGGCAAAUGUACUUGAGAAGCUACACUUUCUCGAGGGACGACGACGACGAGUUGUUGAAUAAGGAGAUGAGGAAUCGAAACUGUUUGAGUUUUCGGAAAAAGAAGGCGGCGGCCGCGGCUGAAAAUAAAAGGAAGAGUAAGCCCAGAGGCGGCGGCGGCGGCCGUGCUGGUGGCGGUGGUGGCGGUGGCGGCCGUCGCAAACGGAAAAGAUGCACCGGUGGGUUUAGAAGGGCUAAGGACAUUUCGUGUCUGGCUCUUUCAUCGGUUUUCCGGCGGUUGCUUUCUUGCACUACAAAAGUUGAUGUGGUUGGUUGAUUAUCAUAGUAAAAUAAUAAUGUUUAGUUAAUUUGGAUGUUUUUAUUUAUCUUAUUAUAGAUUUUUUUUUUUUUUUGGAGGAGAGCCCGAAAUGAUUUUCUAUGUAUGUAGUUGAAAUUUCUGUAGCUCUCGGCUCUUUUGGUAAACUUCCCAUCAGUAUUUACUGUUAAUAAUUAUAUAAUUAGAGGUUAAUUCCAUAUAAAUUUAAUACGUAAACAUAUUAAAAC